CCGCGGGGCGGAGCCCCAGCAGCCCAGCCCGCGGCCUGCGGCCCCGCUCGCCCUAUCCACCCUUGCAACCCCGGGUCCGCAGGUGCGUCCGGAGCGCCGCAGCCGCACCAUGUUGGGCAUGAUCAAGAACUCGCUGUUCGGGAGCGUAGAGACGUGGCCUUGGCAGGUCCUGAGCAAAGGGGGCAAGGAAGAAGUCUCCUAUGAGGAGAGGACCUGUGAAGGCGGACAGUUUGCCACAGUGGAAGUGACAGAUAAGCCUGUGGAUGAGGGUCUGCGUGAAGCCAUGCCCAAGGUCAUGAAGUAUGUGGGGGGCACCAAUGACAAGGGAAUCGGGAUGGGCAUGACCGUGCCUGUUUCCUUUGCUGUGUUUCCAAGUGAUGAUGGCUCCCUGCAGAAGAAAUUGAAAGUCUGGUUCCGGAUUCCAAACCAGUUUCAGAGCAACCCGCCAGUUCCCACCGAUGACAGUGUUAAGAUCGAAGAGAGGGAAAGCAUCACUGUCUAUUCCCUGCAGUUUGGUGGUUAUGCCAAGGAGGCCGACUAUAUAGCACACGCCACUCAGCUGCGGACCGCCUUGGAGGGCACAGCCACCUGCCGGAGUGACAUCUACUUCUGCACUGGGUACGACCCUCCCAUGAAGCCCUACGGACGCCGCAAUGAGGUCUGGCUGGUGAAAACAUGAGUAAUUCUCUGAGUUAGACCUUCCUGGACGUGUGUUUCUGUGUCCGCUUCCUCGGGGGACAGGGAGGGGCAAAGCUGCCAGCUGUAUCUCCAGCUUAACCAAUCUUCCUUCCCUCAGAGCCCUUCACUGCCAGUGUUCUGAAAUCAGCAUAUUCCAUCCCUGCUCUUUUUCUCGUGGUGGGAAAUAAUACAGCCCAGGUAGGCGGCAUCCUUCUGACUGACUUAGCUCUGUGGUAGACCCGAAAAAGAAUCAGCAACGUUUUUCCAGGUAUCUAGGGCACUCAAAACUGCUUUUUAAAAAUUAUUGAACUUGUAUUUUUGCUAUUGAGGGGAAAAUGUGAUUUGUGCGUGAUCUUUCAUCUGUGGUCCUUACGAGAUCUUUGUCUGAAAAUAAAGAUCUUCGAUUCAAACAGCU